UGUCUGUAAAGCUCCGGAGAAUCCAAUACCGAUUUCUGAAUGGAUAGCUGUGAUGUAGUGUGUUCAGUUAAAACUGAAACGCACAAUACACACGAGUUAUUAUUUCAGCCAUAACCACGUAGCAAGUUUUUGGCUACACAAGGCCAGGAGUUUCCUACCUGAACCCCGUGAGCAUACCUGCCAGUUUGUAUUUGCAUGAGUGGAUUUGCGGAUUCUGCACCGGUUUCUUGAGUGCUGCGGACGUAAACGUGUCAUCAUGAGCUCUCGCCAGUGCAAGAAUUGCGGCGGCACGGACAUUGACAUUGACCAGGCCCGGGGCGAUGCCGUCUGUAUGGGCUGUGGCUCCGUGUUGGAGGACAAUAUCAUCGUUUCAGAGGUGACAUUUGUGGAGAACAGCGGAGGGGGUUCAUCGGCCGUCGGUCAAUUCGUCUCAUCAGAUGGCUCAGCCAAGGCCAUAUCCCUGGGAACGGGGUACCAUGCGGGGAUGGAGAAGCAGUCCCGGGCUCAGACAUUGCAGAACGGGAAACGGCAGAUCAACCACCUCGGCCACCAGCUGCAGCUGAACCGCCACUGCCUGGACACGGCCUUCAACUUCUACAAGAUGGCGCUGAACAGGCACCUGACGCGCGGCAGGAGGACCAUGCACGUGGCCGCCGCCUGCCUCUACCUCGUCUGCCGGACCGAGGGCACGCCCCACAUGCUGCUGGACCUGAGCGACCUGCUGCAGGUCAAUGUGUACGUUCUGGGAAAAACAUUCCUCGUGCUGGCCAGAGAGCUGUGUAUCAACGCUCCAGCAAUAGACCCUUGCUUGUACAUCCCACGCUUUGCCCAGUUGCUGGAGUUUGGGGAGAAGAACCAUGAGGUCUCCAUGACGGCUCUGAGGCUGUUGCAGAGGAUGAAGAGGGACUGGAUGCACACUGGCCGCAGGCCGUCAGGACUGUGUGGCGCUGCCCUGCUGGUCGCUGCUCGCAUGCACGAGUUCCGGCGCACCGUGAAGGAAGUCAUCGGAGUGGUGAAGGUGUGCGAGGCCACGCUGAGGAAGAGGCUGAAUGAGUUUGAGGAGACGCCCACCAGUCAGCUGACUAUUGAUGAGUUCAUGAAGGUGGACCUGGAUCAGGAGUGUGAUCCGCCCUCGUUCACCGCCGGCCAGAAGAAGCUGAAGCUGCAGGAGCUUGAAAAAGAACUGGCCAAGAAGAUUGACGACGUCCAGGGUGAAAUCUGCUGUUACCAGGACGAGAUUGAGAAUGAGCUGGAGAGCAGUCGACGCAAGCAGAAAGGGAUCUACGCCUCGUAUGCCAAAGAUGACUCCCGGGACGACGCCAUGUCCGUGACCCUCAGCCAGUUCGGCGAGGACGACCUGGAGGACGAGGAGUUUGAGGCGGCCGCCGACCACCUCCGCAAAGUCCUGUACAGCGACGCGCUCCCCCGCCCCCCGGAGGAGGAGGGGGAGGAGGAGGACGAGGCGGAGGCGAAGGAGCAGCCCAUAACCCCCAGACAGCCCUCCCUGGCCCUGCUGCUGGGCCCCCUGCCCACGGCCGCCAGCCUGGGCCUCCCCGAGUCUAUCCAGGAGUGCAUGGACGCCAAGAAGGGCGAUGAUGAAACGUCAGAGAAUGGAGACCUGGACCUGGAUGGCAUUGAUGACGACGAGAUUGAGAGGUAUCUGCUCAAUGACAAAGAGGUUCAGAUUAAGACUGAGCUAUGGAUGAAGCAGAAUGCAGACUAUUUAAAAGAACAAAAAGAAAAGGAAGCUAGGAUAGCCAAAGAGAAGGAGCUUGGUAUAUACAAGGAGCAGAAGCCCAGGAAGGCGUCGAAGAAGCGGGAGCCGAUCCGGGCGAACACGGCGGGCGAGGCCAUCGAGAAGAUGCUGGAGCAGAAGAAGAUCUCCACCAAGAUCAACUACGACGUGCUGCGCGGUCUGGACCCCAAGGGCAGCAGCCCCGCCCGCACGCCUGACGAGGCCCCCAGCAGCCCCUGCGACAGGAAACCGCCCAGCCGCAAGAGACUGGCCAACAGCAGCCCCACCCUGGCCGCUGCCGUCGGCAACAUGGGCAAGAGGUUACGACCAUUGAUAUCACCUCAGCCCUGUAAGAAGCUUGCAGUGGAACAGCCUGCCUUGGUCGAGUCUCCAGCAGAGCCCUCCGUCCAAUCCCAUUCGGUGUUGGUGGAGAGUGGACCGGUGGUGUACGAGGAAGUGGCAGAGGAAGACGAAGAAGAGGAGGAAGAGCCCUGCUUCAGUGCCUUGCAGCUUAUGGGCGGCAGUGAGUACGGGUGUGAAGGGGAUGACGACGACGGUUUCUAGCAUCGCUGCAUUGCGCUAAGGCCAGGUAAAGGUCUGCCAGGCCCUGUGGCUCCACGGAAACUCAAGAAACUGACAUACUGGCGGAGACACUCGGCCGACUUGGACUUUCGUUAUAUUGGACUGGCCUGGGGAGGAGCAAGCCUGCAUACACCAAAGCGCACUACGAAUGUAUCACAGCAACUGCUGAUCCCGAAUCAGGUGUGGCAGCGAUGCUGAGGGAAGAGGCAUGCUA